AUGGACCCAAUCUCUGCUCUUUCGCUUGCAGUCAACAUAUUAAGUGUGGUUGAUUUCUCCACCAAAAUCAUCUCCGCCACUUCCGAGAUUCGCAGCUAUGGGGAGACCGUCACAAAUUCCGACCGGCGACUCGUUUCAGAAGAUCUCCUAUCAUGUUGUGCUAAGCUGAGGGCAGCCAGAACUGAGAAGACUGCGCUGCCUGUCAGUCCAGCGGACGAUGCGUUCUACCAGCGUCUAGAAGGAUUAGCUGAUGAAGCAUUAAUCAUUGCCGCCGAUAUCCAGCGCACCCUUGCCAAGCAACGACCCGGUGCCUCCCAGUCCGUAUGGAAAAGCCUGCGGCAUGCCAUACUUGCAACAUGGGGUGAGGGAAAGCUAAGAGAUAAGUCCGAGAGGCUCGUAUUCAUCCGCAACGAGCUCCAGUUUCACGUUAUCAUCUCUAUCAAGGCUAAGGUGGACCUGCAAGCCCUGAGGGAGAGUACUCGCGUCCAAGCACUUGACGAAGACACCCAGAGGUUGAUCCACGCGGUAUCGACAGACUGUGAAGCUACGCGGCAGGAACUAGCUGAUCGUACUGAGACAUUGAAUGAAAAACUGGAUGAAGCUCGUUGGUACUCCGACAAGCAGCAUCAGGAGUCGACGUCCCUGGCACUUCACCAUCACCGCGAGCAAAUGAACGCCAUUCGGAACAUAUCCAAUCAUCCCAAGCAUGCCAACGAACAUGUUGGUGUUUCAACAGUCAUACAGGAGGUUUUGAACGCUCUCUGGUUCUCUAGAAUGGCAGACCGGUUCGAUGAUAUCGAACCUGCCCACCACCAAACCUUCGAGUGGAUCUACUCAGGCGAGAUAGACAACAAGCUAUCAAGGCGCACGUUCAUGGGAUGGAUGGCAGGCGAAAGCGGCGUCUAUUGGGUCAGCGGCCGAGCCGGGUCAGGCAAAAGCACCCUGAUGAAAUUCUUGGCCGGAGACGGCCGCACGAAGAAAGCUUUAACGACAUGGGCAGGCGAUCGUGAACUCAUCACUGCUAACUACUGGUUCUGGAGUCAGGCUCAAGACUCACUGCAAAAAUCUUUGCAUGGUUUCCUAAGGGCUCUUAUGUACGACAUCAUCCAGCAGAAUGGUGAUUAUGCAAGAUUGUUGUUCCCAGAUCGAUUCAUUAUUGACAGAGAUUGGGCCGACUUCCCGACCUACCACGAACUAAAGAGGGCUUUCAAAAGGUUGGUUGAGGCAGACAAACCCCCUGCAUGUGUUGCCUUGAUGAUAGACGGACUCGACGAGUACGAGGCUCCCGAGGAAGAGCAUUUUGAGCUUGCCAGGACUUUGAAAGAUGCCGCCAGAGCAAAACAUCUGAAGAUUAUAGUUUCUAGCCGUCCGGAAAUGGCUUUCGAGACGACUUUCGUGGACUGUGAGAAGCUGCGUCUGCAUGAGCUCACGCGUUCAGACCGCAUGGUUUACGUCACUGAUCAUCUUUACGGACACCGGCGAUUCGAUUUCCUCGUCAAGCAGGCCGAAAAUGGUGAGAGAGAAAGCAAUAAGUUGAUCACAUACGCCGUCGAUGAAUCCGAGGGAAUUUUCCUUUGGCUGAGACUAGUUGUCGCGGCAUUGAUGGAAGAUCUCAAUACUUGUGCCACUCUCGCUGAACUUCAAGCUAUCCUGGACAAAUUCCCACGUGGCUUGGAAGAGCUCUACCGUCACAUGUUGCGAAGGAUUCCAGAAGAACGCCGAACAAAAGGCAUUCAGCUCGUUCAGCUGGUCCGUUGUGCUGUUGCUAUAUCGAAACGGAGGGCCUCGAAUUCGAUCGGGCUGGCUCCGCCCAUAUCUGCUCUCAUGCUGUCUGUGGCACACUCAGACUACAGGGAUAUCAUCAAAAGGAGUCAAAACCCGCUUAAGCAAACCGAACAUAACGAUAUCAUCCAAAGGAUCGACCAUCUGUUGAGGAGCCAUUGCGCUGGGCUAUUGGAAUUAAAAUACCGCAUGCCAGGAAUUGAAGUCGUCAAUGAGAACAAAGACUGGAAAAUUAGUAGCUCGAUCGAGGACCCGGAAAUUGCCUUCUUGCACAAAUCAGUGGUGGAAUUCCUCGACCGUACCGAUACACAGUCAGAACUUUUGCCAGUGGCCACGGAUGUCAACCGCUUUAAUCCCUACGUUUCGCUCAUCUCUUGCCUCCUUUACAAGAUCAAAAUACACACUCUUUCAAACUAUCACUGGCCUUACAAGUGGUCUUUGGUCCUGCGAAUCAUGCACACAGCUGUGUUCGCCGAGAUAUUCGACUUGGAGUCCACUAAGAAUCUCCUCGAGAACCUCGACCAGACUAUGGAGCAAAUAUUUCGCAAGAACCAAAGGAGACCACGCGAUGCUGAAAUAACAACCACGAAGCAAGUCACUCAUUGGUCAUGUCACUGCCCAUGGUUGCAAGCGAAUUGGCACCAUGCCCGAGAGCAUCGCGAUCGAGAACUCCCCAGAGGUGGUAAUAUACUGUCUUUCGCCAUGGAGAAUGGGCUCGAGCGAUUCCCGUUGUAUAAGCUCAGUCAUCAAGAGGGUUGCGAGCGGCAAAAUCAGGCCGCUUCGCUUCUCAUAGCUGCCUGUAGAGCAACGACAUUGCAAUGCAUGAUGUCGGGUGGAAUCAGGCCGGCAGUCAUCCUGCAACUACUGAAACUCGGGGCCAACCCGAAUUGCUAUAUUGAACACACACAGUCCGAAGGUAGAAUAUUGUCGACAACACCAUGGUUAGAAAUGCUGCGUACGCUUAGGCAGUUGAGUCCGACAAGUCUGGAAGGGUUCCGUCAGCUUUUUGGGGUGCUCAAGGCUUUCCUUGAAAGUGGAGCGGACCCUGAGGCACAAAUAUAUCAUACCAGGGGGGCAGAAAGCUCUUUAGCUUUGGAUUGUACGGCAAAGGACCUGAUCCAGCGGUGUUUCACCCGCAACUCAGGCGGUGAUCUCAUUCACUUUGUCCCGUUCGAGGAGGCGUGGCAAGCAUGCGGCCCAUUGAUUCAUUUUCCUGCUACUCAAUCCUCCAAUUUCUAUGUGCCGGAGCUACCUGACUUGAUGCUGUCACAACAGAUUGAGAAUCACCAUUUUCUGUCCCCAAGCGACACCAAGCAGAUCGCGGAAUGGGGAACAAUAUUGAUCAAGUUGCUAGAAAAGACCAGGAGACGACGGCGUGCGAUUUCGAUUCUUCACAAGCUUGCUUGUCAAGUGUAG